CACCCGACCCUGCCUUGAAUUAGGAUCCCAUAGGAGAGCUGGGACAGGAGAAUGGGGUGUUCCCUGUUGUCCAGCUUCAGACCCACUGUUUGAGACCCUGGAUUCUGACAAGUUUCCAGAACUGAGAAGAUACCCCGCUGUCCAAGUUUGAAGAGAUCGUCUUUGCAUCAUCGACUUGUGUUAUCAUGCCUGUUUCACAGAUGCUGCACUGAGGCUCAGCCUGUCCAGGGUGACACAGCUGGUUUGUAGAUAUCUCUUGGUUGGGCUUCAUGGAAAAAUCUUCCCUGAUCACCAAACUGAAUCCCAGAUCAGCCCCCGUCUUUCAGUGGACAGAAUGAGAAGCCUUCUGUAACCUGGCAUAACUGGCUAUCAUGGGGAAAUGGAUCAGGAUGGGGGUGCAGGAAAGGCGGUUACUCCGGCCCAAACGGCUUCACUGGAGUCGCUUCCUCUUCCUGAUGGGCAUGUUGAUCAUUGGUUCCACCUAUCAGCACCUGAGGAGCCCCUGGGGCCUCCCUACACGGUGGGCAGCAGUCUCUUCCCAACACCCUGUAAAACUGGCCAGCCGGGACCUUUCCAACAAUGAGAUGAUGAUGGUGAGCAGUGACCCUCCAAAAGCUAGCCCUGAAAUGGAGGGUGAGACACUGGUGCCCCAAACCACAGUGGGCAGGGAUGAAGCAAUACGUGGCAUAACAAUGGAGAAUAUCCCCAGUACACCCAGAACAGCGCCCAACAUCUCUCUAACAACACCCAAAAAUAACUAUAGCCCAGCAGCAGCAGGCACAGAAAGAGUGAAGGAAAAGAUCCCAACCACAGCCCGUGGAGUACUGAAUCACUACAUCCCAAUUUCAAGCAGAUCAACAGUAGAGAAUUAUACCCCAACAAUACCCAGGGGAGAAAUGAAGAGCUACCGUCCAACUCAAGCCAGGGGAAAGGUAAAAAAAUACACCCCAUCCCCACUUGGUAGAAUAGUAAACAAUUAUGGCCCAUCCACAUUCAUGACAUUGACAAGGAGCCAAGGGAUCACCCCCAGAACGACAGUGAGAGAGAAUGAAACUGUGGCAACCUACAAAAUAUUGGAGACCAACCCCUCUAAGGGAAUAGUGGAAGAAACCACCCCAACGACUCUCAAGGGAAUAAUUGAAAACACCCAAAUUUUCCUGAUAAAUGAUACAGAAACAAACAUCUUGACUUCUCCGAGUACGGUAGAGAAGAACACCCUGACUACACCCAGAAGAGUGGACAAUAACAGCUCAACCAACCCCCGUGAGUCAGUGGGAAAGAACAGCCUGAAAACUCCCCAGGAAACAGCCCUGGUGCACACUGUAGCCAUCUCUAAGGGGCAAGUGACAAUUAGCACCAUGACAGGCAGCAGCCCAGCAGAAACCAGAGCCUCUACUGCUGCCUGGAAGGUUAGGAAUCCCUCAUUCAGGACUAAUGCACCAACCACUGGAAUAUCCUCAGCCACCUUUUGGGAGCUGGCGAAGAAACCAUCCACAGCACCCAGCAUCUCAGCAACCCCCCACAUCAAGGCAAAUCCCACCACCCAGGCCCGUCACUGUGUGGUUGUGGAGCGAGCCCCAGCUGUACCCACUACCCCCUCCCCGAGCCUGACAACGGCCCUCCUCCCAGAGGCGCCCAGCCCCAGUCCCUCAGCACUGCCCCCCAGCUGGCCAGACCACCACCCCAAGGCAGAGUACCCCCUAGACCUGUUCAGCGUGGAGGAGCGGCAGCAGGGCUGGGUGGUCCUGCACAUCUUUGGCAUGAUGUACGUGUUUGUGGCCUUGGCCAUCGUGUGUGAUGAGUACUUUGUCCCAGCCCUGGGUGUCAUCACAGACAAGCUGCAGAUCUCUGAGGAUGUGGCAGGCGCCACAUUCAUGGCCGCUGGAGGCUCUGCCCCUGAGCUUUUCACCUCCCUCAUUGGCGUCUUCAUCUCCCACAGCAACGUGGGCAUCGGCACCAUCGUGGGCUCUGCUGUGUUCAACAUCCUCUUUGUCAUCGGCACCUGUGCCCUCUUCUCCCGGGAGAUCCUCCACCUCACCUGGUGGCCCUUGUUCCGUGACGUCUCCUUCUACAUCGUUGACCUGAUGAUGCUCAUUCUCUUCUUCCUGGACAGCCUGAUUCUCUGGUGGGAGAGCCUGAUGUUGCUGCUGGCCUAUGCCUUGUAUGUGCUCACCAUGAAGUGGAACAAGAAGCUGGAGCUCUGGGUGAAGGAGCAGCUCAGCAGGAGGCCGGGGGCCAAGGUCAUGGCCCUAGGGGAUCUCACCAAGCCAGGUGAUGGGGCGGUCGCGGUGGAUGAGCUACAGGAUAACAAGAAGCUGAAGCUCCAGUCCAUGCUGACACGAGGGAGCAGCUCAGCCUCUCUGCACAACAGCACCAUCCGCAGCACCAUCUACUGGCUCAUGCUUCACAGCCUGGACCCUAUGGGGGAAGCCCACUCCUCCAGGAACAAGGAUGAGGAAAGCCUGAAUCAGGAGGGUGAAGCCGAACCUCAGACCAAAGCAGAGAGCAGACCAGAAGAGGAGGAGCCAGCCACGCUCCCUGCGGUCACAGUCACGGUCACACCAGCCCCUGCUCCAGACAUCAAGGGAGAUCAGGAGGAGGGUCCUGGCAGUCAGGAAGGACAUGUAGCUGGAGCUGGGAGCACAGGUGAAAUGACAGGUGAAAAGCCUGACGCUCCUGGUGAAGGUGAAAAUGGACAGCAAAGUGGAGGUGAGACCCAACUCGAAGGUGAAGGUGAAAUUGAAGCAGAAAGAAAAGGAAAUGAUGAGGGUGAAGGUGAACGCCAAGCAGAAGGAGAAGAUGGUGAAAUGACAGGUGAUAAAGGUGAAACUGAAGAGCAGGAAUUCAAUGCUGAGAAUCAAGGUGAAGCCAAAAGUGAUGAGAAAGGCACAGGUGGUGAAGGAGGUGGUGAUGGAGGUGAUGGUGAAGAUGCGGAAGAAGAGGAGGACGAGGACGAGGAAGAAGAGGACGAGGAGGAGGAAGAAGAGCAGGACGAGGACGAGGAACCUUUGUCUCUGGAGUGGCCCGAGACCAGGCAGAAGCAGGCCAUUUACCUCUUCCUCCUGCCCAUCGUGUUCCCGCUGUGGCUGACGGUGCCCGACGUCCGGAGGCUGGAGUCUAGGAAGUUUUUUGUUAUCACUUUCCUGGGAUCCAUCAUGUGGAUAGCCAUGUUCUCAUACCUCAUGGUGUGGUGGGCUCACCAGGUUGGUGAAACAAUAGGGAUUUCUGAAGAGAUUAUGGGUUUGACAAUCCUAGCAGCAGGCACAUCAAUUCCUGACCUCAUUACCAGUGUGAUUGUCGCUCGGAAAGGCUUGGGAGACAUGGCCGUGUCAAGCUCUGUGGGCAGUAACAUAUUUGAUAUCACCGUGGGCCUACCUGUUCCUUGGCUGCUUUUCUGUCUUGUCAAUGGACUACAGCCCAUUCCAGUCAGCAGCAAUGGCUUGUUCUGUGCAAUCGUUUUGCUUUUUCUCAUGCUCCUGUUUGUGAUCUCUUCAAUUGCAUCAUGCAAAUGGAGAAUGAACAAGAUCCUGGGCUUCACAAUGUUCCUCCUUUACUUCGUGUUCCUGAUAAUCAGUGUGAUGUUAGAAGAUCGAAUCAUAUCCUGUCCUGUAUCUGUCUGAGUCAGAUAUGCUCAAAAUGGACAUAGAUCAGAAAGCCAGAAGCUAUUGGACCUCUUGUUACAUUGAUGAAAGAAUGAACAUGAGCCAGGAGAGUGAACUGAGGCUGAGAUUUGCUGAUGUGAAUCGGACACGGGAGUGAAGUUUAUCAUUGGAAACACAUACAUGCAGCUCACUGUGGAUUAAGAAUCUCCCCUCUGAAGGGGUGGACUUCCUACCCCUGACUGACAGCUAUCUCAUGGAGACAGCACAAGGACCCCUGGAAUCAGAGGGUUUUCCACAAGAGCUAAUUGGGGGUGAGAGUUGGGACAGGCACAGUGGGAAUAAGACAAGCUCCCAUGCGGACAGUUCCCUGAUCCUAGGGACGCACAUGUGGUCUGUAUCUGACCCGCCUGGCCCCUGCCCCAAACACAGCCUGCCAUUUGCUGUCUCCUCUUCUUCUGCUCAAAACAUGAGGUUCUAGCAGGUUUGUAAUCAAUACCGAUUCGGUUACUGGUGCGUUUAAGGAGCUAAGUCUAUAGGGAAAAACAAAGUAUAACAGGAAUCAAUUAUCAUUAGUGAAAUGUAUAUCAAUAUUUUAUAGCUUAAAAGGACAUUAGUUCUUGUUGCAUUUCUGAAAAGUGAAAUUAAAAUAAGUAGCCCAAGUAAUUAAAAUGAUAAUUUUCCCUUGAAUUGGAAGGCAUGGAUAUUAUGGGCUAUUUAAAAAUAUGUACUUGUCAGAAAAUCCAAGUCAGUGUUGUCUCCAUCAAGUGGUCACCCUGAGGGAUCAGACAUUUAAACAGAGCUGUGCUGGCUCUGCCCCUGCAGCAAAUUCUCACCCAGCAGUGACAGCUGCACCUAAUGAGGAGAGAAGUAAUUUUAAAGCGUCCAAAGUCAGUAGAGCCAAGUCUGGUUCACGAAGGAAGAGACCCAGUGGGGCAAUGCUAUUUUUGUAUGUUAACCUAGAUAGGAUUAUAAAGCAAAAAGAUUGAUUUGUUGUGUGGCUUACAAGUGGAUGUUAAGGCAAUUAAUUACAAAGGAGAAAUUCCAAAAAUGAUUACAUGGUGGCAACAUAGUGAGAAAAAAAGGGUUACUAUUCCCAAGGUAGCUAGUGUAAAGGACUCUUGCGUUUUUAAAACUUGUGUGGUUAUUUAAACAUUUUAUGUGGAAUUUGAAGUGCGUGUAUAUUAAAUACCACUGCUGGCUGGGUUUACUGGCAUUAGGUUAAGGGGCACAUUAGAAAUGAAACAGUUCUGUGUCCAUGGUUUCGGAGCAAAGCGAGCUCAGGUGACUAUAGAUUAUGAUAGUAAAUAUGGCUUUAUUUACAAACACGAGAGAGGACUCACCAAAGACUAAAAGAUAGGACAGAUGUGACGUGGAAAAAAAAAAUCAGGGCCAGCCAAGUGGCACGUUGGUUAAGAGCUGGCUUGGGAUGCCAGCUCUGAGCAGC